CGCCGCCACUGAUUACGAAACACUUCAUACAGCAUAAACGGGGGAUAGUUGCUUUUCUGUUUACUGUAUUGCGAGAGGUGCAAAAACGAAAUGAAGAUUUUAAUAUUUUCGUGUUUGGUGGUGGUGGGUUUGGGCUUUGAGGAUAAAACCGUGACACAAUACCUAGCAGACAAUGGCUUCACAACGCUUUCUGCUGCCCUCUCUACUGCUGGUUUGUCAAGCGCUCUCGACGGAAGUGGACCAUACACGGUAUUUGCACCGACAAACGCUGCUUUCGCAGCCCAAGGAUUUAACAUAAGCGCUUAUACCAGGGAACAACUCGCCACAGUUCUAAAAUACCACGUAAUUGCAAAAUUCGUAUUAGUUCCAAUGGUAACCACACCAAGAAAUGAAACGACAUUGGAGCAGCAAGCCUUACUUAUAGAGAAAGCUGGAAGUAGCUUGUUGCUCAACGGUAAGGCCAGAGUGGACAGCUCAAACAACGACAUCAUCGUUAACAAUGGUGUUAUACAGCCUAUAGAUACAGUGUUGUCUCCUCCAGUUUUUGUUACUCAUAACAUAUACCAAGUUCUUCUAAGAGAAGACACCAAAUUCAACGAUCUUUCUCUUGCCCUUUUGCUAUCAGGAUUGGUUUCUACAGUAGAAGGCAAUGAAUUUACCUUCUUUGCACCUACUGAUGCAGCAUUUGCUGUUUACAAGGACAACCUUCUAAACCCUGCGGCCCCGAAUGCACAGCACAUAUAUCAAGAGGUGUUGAAAUAUCACUUAGUGCCUGGGGCAAGACACUCUUCUGAACUGAGAAAUGGACAAAAGCUUUACACACUACAUGGAACACCCGUGAAUGUUACAGUCGGUGCAGGUGUCGUGAUUAACAAUGCUAAUGUGAUUGAAGCUGAUAUGCAGGCGUCCAAUGGAGUCAUCCAUGCCAUAGAUAAGCUCCUGGUUCCACAAGAUAUCUACCAAAUAGCUAGCGGGAAUUGACUGUCAGUUUCUAACUUAUCUAAGAAUCCAGAUAUCUUAUGAUAAGGAAUGUCUUUAUUCUCUAAAUUAACGUUACAAGCAAAUAAAGACUUAUAUCCGCAAA